UGAAAUUGACAACCUUUCAGAGGGGACAAAGUGUGUGACAUUAGAGGAGCUAACGCUAGUUUAUUAACGUAACUGCACACAGCCUCUGCUCAAGCUUACGUUAGCAAAGAUUAUUAGCAGCAGAAAACACUGAGGAUGUCAGCUAGCGCGCUAGCUAGUAGGGUGUAAUGUUAGCUGAGACUGUUGUCCUGAGAGCAUGUCGUGUCAUUUAGAUACUUAAGAAGUGGGGAUUUCCUUACUUUGUCAAGCAGAGGUGUUUAAAGGAAAACGCGUAAUCUAUGGCUAUAUACCGUUAGCUAAAAUGCAUUGAUGCUAGCUAACGAUAACGUGGAUGCUCAUGAUCAGUUAGCUAGCGUUAGCCAGUGCUAGCAUAUAUUCUCCAAGGAUCAAACGUUAAAUUCAGUAACAUGCAGCUGUUACACGUUGGUUAGGCAGUGAAAUAGUCGUUUGUAACAUAAGCCACUCCUCGUUUAGCCGUAUGACAUAUCACAAGGUUCAUGUAUUUUCCUAUGUAGUUAGCUUUAGAUGGUAAUUAGCUUUAGCAAUCCAACAUUUUAUUUAUUAUGUGAUGGCUAACGACAGCUAGUUAGAGGUAGCUAACGAUAUAAGAGGGACGUGCUAUGUGGAGGGGCCAGCUGCUCAGUCUAAAGAAAGGGCACCACCCGUUUCAGACAAUGGAUGUGACAAUUAAGAUUACUGAGAAUUAAAUGCCCCAAAACAUUUUAUGGUGGUUACAGCUUUGCAGUGUCAUUGGGUUUCUGGGGUAGGACCAAAUCUCCUCCAAUUUUGUUUAAGGCUUCAUCCUCAUUAAAUUUGAGUUGCAGGAAUCCAAUAAAGAACAUAUAGGACAAUAAUGUCCCGCUCCCCUGACAAUGAGGAUGGAUGCUUUGUUGCUAUGGAUACGGAGGACGAUAGCGCAGAGCCUGCUGGGAUAACAGAGGAAGUAGAAUCAAAGAUGGGGUCCUGCCGACAAGAAGGGAACAUGGACAGUGGUGCCAAAGGAGGGGGGAGAACAAUGGUGGAGUUGCCAGAGGAAGUUCUCGAAUAUAUUCUGUCCUUUCUUUCACCUUACCAGGAGCACAAGACUGCUGCGCUUGUAUGUAAGCAGUGGUAUCGCCUCAUUAAAGGUGUUGCUUAUCAGUGCUACCAUGGUUUCUUGAGAGCUGUCCAGGAGGGAAAUAUCCAGUGGGAAAGUCGCACAUACCCAUAUCCAGGAACCCCCAUCACUCAGCGCUUCUCACACAGUGCAUGUUAUUACGACUCAAACCAAUCCAUGUAUGUGUUUGGGGGUUGCACUCAGAGUAGCUGCAAUGCUGCCUUCAAUGAUCUAUGGAGACUUGACCUCAACAGCAAGGAGUGGAUCCGCCCUUUAGCCUCAGGCUCCUAUCCAUCUCCCAAAGCUGGAGCGACUCUAGUGAUGCACAAAGACCUGUUAGUGCUGUUUGGGGGAUGGACUCGCCCCAGCCCUUAUCCACUGCACCAGCCAGAAAGGUUUUUUGAUGAGAUCCACACCUACUCUCCUUCAAAGAACUGGUGGAACUGUAUAGUAACAACACAUGGACCUCCACCUAUGGCUGGCCACUCUUCCUCUGUAAUUGGAAACACCAUGGUGGUGUUUGGGGGAUCACUAGGAGCACGUCAAAUGAGUAAUGAAGUCUGGGUUCUGGAUCUGGAGCAGUGGUCCUGGUCCAAACCACCCAUAUCUGGUCCAUCACCCCACCCGCGAGGAGGCCAAUCACAAAUUGUGAUUGACGAUCAGACGUUGCUCAUCUUGGGAGGCUGUGGUGGCCCUAAUGCACUCCUUAAAGAUGCCUGGCUCCUCCACAUGGAUGCACCACCAUGGAGGUGGCAGCAGCUGCAGGUGGAAAACGAGGACCACGGAGCCCCGGAGCUGUGGUGUCACCCAGCUUGUAGAGUGGGCCAGUGUGUGGUGGUUUUCUCACAGGCUCCAUCUGGCCGCGCGCCGCUCAGCCCAAGUCUUAAUUCUCGGCCCUCCCCCAUAAGUGCCACGCCUGCCCCUCUGGGCCCCGAACCGCCUUCCCUGCGCUCUCAGUCUCCUGUUCGGAGCGGGGCCGCUGGUGUUGUCCUGGGAGCUGUUGAAGAGGCUCCGUGUGUAAACGGUCGGUGGGGCACGCUGAGACCUCGGCCUUCAGCGAGAGGAAGUGCCAGAGAUGGGAGCCCAUCCUCAUCCCAACAGCAGUCUCCUUCACAAGGCCCAGACAGCCCUCCUCUUCCUCCACUUCCCCCGUUAUUAAAUGGAUCCUCCCCUUCACCCCGGACCAGUCCAGCCCAGGCUGCUUCUCCUCCCUCUCGCCCUCACCUGCCUGCCUCCACAGACUAUGGGUGGGAGUCUCCCCCUUCUGCCGCUCACCACUCUGAGGUGCCCAGCACUAAUGGCCUGCAUACUCCUCCUGCAGUCUCCCCACACACUCCUCCAGGCGCAGUGUCCCCCGCUGCCUUAAGAAGAGGCCUGGAGGCAGUAAAAAACAAAUCUUCCUUAUCAUUACCCUCUUCAUCGUCAUCGUCUUCCCUUCAGCCACAGGGGGCUUCGCCUGGAGGAGGAAGUGGUGGAGGAGGAGGAGCAGGUCCUCCUGGAACCCCUCCGUCGUCAUCCUCCAGCCCUCCACACGCUGCUGGAGCUGAUGGACAUGCUAUUCCACCUAUUGCACGGCGUCUUGGCCAUCACCCACCUCAGAGUCUGAACGUAGGAAAACCUUUGUACCAGUCUCUCAACUGCAAGCCCAUGCAGAUGUAUGUGUUGGAUGUGUCCCGGGCCAAAUCUGCUGGGGUGGUGUCCUGGAGAGUUUACGGGAACGGGACUCCCGCUGCAGUUACGGGGCCACCUGAGACCAGCCUUCACACAGUGGUACAGGGCAGGGGAGAGCUAAUAAUUUUUGGGGGCCUCAUGGACAAAAAACAGAAUGUGAAGUACUACCCUAAAACCAACGCCUUGUACUUUGUACGUGCUAAAAGGUAAUGCAGCUCCAGGCUGUACUGGGAAGACAGACGCUCCACCCUGUGAACACACAAGGGAAUUGACACACAAGGCCUUUUUCCUAUAGAGAGGAUUAUGGGAAAAGAACAUAAUCACUGUUAGAUGUUCCACUUCAAAUUCAUUAUUCUCCCUUCUGCCUACUGCAAGCAUUCAAAAUAAAACACUUUAACUACACUUUGAUAAAAACAUUUGUUUGAAUGAGAAUCCUGACUGAGUGUGUGUGUGACUGCAGUGAUUAGAGAGAACAGGACAUUUUUUGUUGGUCCCCAAAAGGUGAUCGAUAUAUACAAUAACAUUUUUGUUUUUCUGUGUUACCCUCUUCUGCACUCUGGAAGAACAGAUGCCGUUAACAGAAACGGUUGACGACUACCUUGCUUUUUGUAUCACUCUUUAAGACUGCAAUGUUUACAUUGAUAAGUGUGUGUGUGUGUGUGUGUGUGUGUGUGUGUGUGCGUGUUAUGUGUGCACGGUGGUGAUUAAAAGUUGUUGACUAAUGUGUGUCGGGGGCCAUGGUGGGUGAGAGAUGUGGCACUGUACUAUAAACAUAGUUAAACAAUAAAGGCCUCCAUGUCUGCUCUGUCACAGUCUUAAAA